GGCUCUGCCAACACUGGCUCCUCCACUCGGAGGGGAGGAUUCACUAAACUGCAGCUCAUGAUCGCCUUCUCUGUGUCGCCUGUUUGUGUGGAGGUGUAGUAGUCAUGACAGCCCCAGACACCGGCCAGCUCCCCCCACCUCCUCCUCCUCCUCCCCCGGCUCGCUGUGGACGCUCCUCUCCGGCGCAUUGCUAAGCUUCCCCCGUUUUCUCCGCCGUUGUUUUUGGACCCGAGUGUCCCGCAGUGACCAUCGACCGACUGACUGACUGACUGCAGCAAGAAGUGCUCGGUGCACCCAGGGAGCUCAGGCAUGCCAUCUGUCUCGAUUGUUGUCUGGGCAGAUAUUCGCUUUACUACUUGAGGGAAUCAAAGUUGCUGCAAUGGAGACUUCUGGGAGUGAUGCAGCGGUCACAUACUUGGAGAAAACUGAGGACAGAGACGGUUAUUAUGAUCUGGAGCAUCUGCCUCCGCUGCUGGAAGAUGAGGAGAAUGUGUCUCUGGCAGACAUCCUGUCUUUGCGGGACAGCUGUCUGUCUGAAGAGGAGGUGUGGGCAGUGUGUGCAGAGUGUGUCCUGGCGUUGCAGAGCAUCCGACCCUCCCACCUCUUCCACACCCUGUGUAUCACACCGGACACGCUGGCCUUCAACGCCCAUGGGAAUGUUUGUUUCAUGGAGCAGCUCAGUGAUGAUCCGGAAGGUUCCUUUGUGCCUCCUGAAUUCGACAACACGGGCAGCACGUUCGAGGGCCAUGUUUACUCUCUGGGCUCCACGCUCUCUGCUGCACUGAACUUUGUCAUCGAGCCAGAGCUGGAGGCGGAGCUGGGAGAAGAGAUCCAGAGGCUGUUGGAGCAGAUGCAGGAGGAGAAGCCUGAGGACAGACCGCUCCUGCAGGACAUCCUGUCUGUGGCUGAAGCCAGGCUUUCUCACACCUCCUGUGCAGCUGUGUGCCGGAAACUGUCUUCUGUUGGGCGACGAGUGCUCUCAAUUGAAUCAGUAUCAACCUUCCAAGAUGGACAGGAAGGCUCUUGGGAGGCAAGAUGGCAGCAUCCCAAACCCAGAUGUCUGCUUAAAAGACUUAGCUCGGAAGAUAAUGCCAAAGACCUGUGUGUUGACACUUCUGUUAAAGCUAAUGGUCUGUCCAGGCAGCAGGUGUGCGGGGGCUGGGACUCCUCUCUCUGGGCGGAGGAUAUGGACAGCGGUGAAGGAGACGGCAUGAUCUUGGCAGACGAGUUGGACUGCAGGUCCCACAACAGCUCUCCAGUGAGGAGGAGAGCCCAGCAGAGGCUGAACAGAGUGAGGGGAGCUCUGAACCGAUCCUGCUCCGUCCCAGACUCCAACAACCCCCCCUGUCUUUCCCCUCAAACUCACGGUGAUAUCAGCGUACCUAUAUCGGACCUGACUGAGAUCGGAGCAGACGAACACUUGAACUGCACGUCUGUGUGGAGUAACAGACUUCAGAGACUCAACCGAGGCAAGUCCUGCGAGUCUUACCCACACAGUAGCUCUGAGGAUUGCGGGAACUCAGUUUUGGACAACCAAAUGUCACGAUCAGAUGAGGAUACAGCCGAGACAUUAUGCAGCGGAGACACAAAGAUUGAAGGGUGCCAUGAAUGUGAAUCCAAGGAUUGCACCCAGGAUUCUGCAUCUUCCUGUGCUUCCUGUCAGGAGCUGGACAUGGAACAGGACUCUUCUGAAGACCAGAGCUCACUGACCCGCGGCCUCUACAUCCCGAAUAACUACAUGACCAAAAGCAUGCUGUGCCUCAACGAAGAAUCUCAGGAUGAGUGGAUCUCUCUGAGAGAGUUACUGACACGGUGUGGACGGAGGCUGACAGUUAAUGAGCUAUGGGCUCUGUGUUACACCUGCCUGUCCUCGCUGCAGACCUACAUUGACUUUCCAGGGUAUCUCUGCCUGGACACGCUGCACGUGGGCUGCGAGGGGGAAGUACUUUUCCUGAAACCUAAAAACAUUGGAUCCCGUGAUGAAUUUUUUCUUGCUCCUGAAUAUCAAGAACAUGGAAUUGUGACUGAGAAGGUUUGUGUUUAUGGGGUUGCUGCUAUUCUCUGGGCGACAGCCAAGUUCAGUUUAGCACCUAAUCAAAAACUGGCAAUGCCUCGCAAACUGAAGAGACUGCUCCUGGAGAUGGCAAAGAGGACGCCCAUUGAGAGGCCUUCUAUCGUCAUGGCUAAAAAGAGCUGUCGUGACUACUUAUCAUGUCAAGGGACGAAUGCAGAGACUGUGUGGAUCAACCUCAUCAGCAGAGUUCACCCGCCAGCCUCAAAAUCCAGUGAUGUAGAUGAUUUAAAUGCAACUGAAAUUAAACAAAGCUCAUGUGAAGAGUCUGCACAAAACAGCGGCUUUGUGCCCAUGGCCAUUGAGAGCCGACUGGCUCCUGUGCCUGGCCCUGUUCCCCACAGCUAUCCAGUCAACCAGGAACUCCAACUCCCAGAGGCCUUCACUUCCACUGCCACACACUUCACCCCCAUCGUCCUGACCAAUGAAGGGGACUCAGAGGAGGAGAGCCAACAGUUUGGAGCUGCCAUUGAAGGGACUGUGGAUGGAUUCACAAGCUGUGAACACAUUGAGGAAAGGGACCUUGAUUUCACUUCUGAGUACCCAUGUCCUACACCAACUGAACCCAGUCUACAUACACAGGAGUUGCCUGCUCAUCAAGCAGACGUAACUUCAACUACCAAAAACAAAAUGCUGGUCAACUAUACUUCUCCACUCCCUGAUAUUUCUUGUCUUCAAGUCUCUCUUCCUCCACCAUUAUCCACUAACCUCAGUGGUUGUGGUGUUUUCAACAAUUACCUCUUCCGUCAGGAUCCCACAACAGGACAUCUUUCCUUAGUGCCUGUGCAGGUGAGGGCUCCUGAGGCACUCCUCGGGUUGGAUAUAAAUCUCUCCUUAGUGCCACAGGCUUUACAGGGACUAAUCACAGUUCCAGAGAGCACUGAUGGUCCAUUUAUUGACUGUCUGAAUGUGCCUGUGAUGCCUGGUCCCCGGAGUUAUGGCCCACCAUCGUCCUGUUUAAAUGGUAGCUCCGUCAUCUCUGACAGCCUCCUGAAGCACAAUGUGCCCACAGCUAACAAUGGACAAUCAAAUCCAGGAGCACAAGGUGAGAAGCGGUCCCCUUCAGAGUCCGUCUCUCCAAAGGUACACCCUGCCCUACAGGAGGUGAUUGACCUGCUCAGGGGAGAGUUUUCCCUCGAUGGGUAUUUGGACAAUAGACACGAGGACAUCGCCAUGGGGGAGUACAUUUUCUCUAUGAAGGACCUCCAGUACCACACAUUUGCCGGUGUUGUGAGGGAGAGAUUCAGUGAUCUGUACUGGGAAGAUGACUUGCUGGGUGUAUUGCACUGCCUGGUUAACUACAGCUCAUCCACACUCCGUACUAAUGAGCAGCUUCCAUCAAAGGCUGUGAAAAGGGCAGCCUUUACCCCGCCCGUAACAGCCGCUGUGUGGGGAGAGAAAAGAGAAGUUUGCUUCGACGGUUGUCUUGACCUGAAUGGAAACAUUCACACAUCCGGUCCUGCUGCUGUGGAUUCUUGGGAAGGAACCGAGGCCCAGUCCUGUCGUGGAGAAAAUGAGGCUGCACUUGAAGAUUUUGAAUUAAGAUCAGAGGACAGUCAACGCUGCAUCUAUCAAGGGGUGAGCACUGACAGUUCGGACGCGGGGGUCAUGGAGGGAGGAGAUCAUUCGGCGGGGGGCAGCGAUGAAAGCCCCUCUGAAGCUGAGUUUCUAUCGGGAAGAGACGAAGGGCUAACGGGAGCCCCCGACGAACAGAUGAGCCCAGACUGCUCGGUAGACAUGGAGGACAGUGAGUCUCUGGUGUCGGAGCGGCUCCUCUCGCCCGGAUCUAGAGCAGAAGGGCUGGGCCUCAGCUGCAGCCCAGCCUGGGCCUUGGCCUUCUUUGGAGAAGAUUGGUUUAGUCCAGAGGUGAUCCAGUACGCAGUGAAUCUGGGGCAGCACACAGGAUCACCGUGUGUGGAUGUGAAAACACAGGAACUGCAGCAGCAGCUGAUGAUUGAAACAAGGAAUCUAAAGAAAACGAGAAAUUUCUACCAGAAACUGAUUCAACAGGAGAGAAAAAACAAAGGUUCUGACAACAAAUUGAUGCUGUCCAAACUCAAGGCCCAGCUUGAAGAACUCAGAUCCAAAGUGGUCUUCUUGGAUUGUGUGAAGAGAUACCUUGAGAUUCUGAGUGUAGACCAGUGGGGUUUGGAGGUUUCAUUGCUCCCGUCUUUUGCUGCCUGUGGACCUGGCUCUUUGGACUUCCAGUCGUCUGAAGACCCGUCUGUUCUCAGCUUUGGUACCAGCAAAGGGAGGAGCACUCUGCAAGCUGGAUCUCCUCUGGGCCUCAUGGCUUACCUCUACGCCAGAAAUGCUGCUGUGGAGGGCUACAUCCAGCAGUUCCUGUAUACCUAUCGUUUCUUCUGCACUCCUGAGCAGUUCCUGCAGUUCAUAAUGGAUAAAUUCAUCAGUGCUGCAAGACAAGGUCCAGACAUGUCAGGAGACACUGAAAAGAUCUUCCAUCGCAGUUUGGACCUGCUCCAGUUGUGGAUAACAGACUGUAAACGGGUGGACUUCACACCUAAAUCCAGCCUUCUGGAUACGUUGGAAAACUUCCUUAAUACUGAGGUCAUCCCUAUAGACGGCAAAGGGGAGGGCCUUCUUGCUGCUCUCCACAACCCUCCAUGUAUGACUGUGAGCCAAGGAAGAGGAAGCCUAACCAGCUUUGAGGAGGAUGAUGAUUCUGUGUGUUUGCAUUCAUCUAUGGAGGAUCUUGGUAGAAAAUGGAAAUUCUCCAGAGCAGUGGAGCCCUCUGCAUCCCUGCCUAAAGACAAGACCUAUUCCAUCGCCGCAGCGCUGCCUGUGCCUUGCUAUGGCUCCCUGGUGGACGACCUCUCCAACGUUUGCCUGCACAGCGAGGAGCGACUGCCCUUCAGCCAGAAUGAAUACAGCGCACAGCACAUAGGCCAACAGCUCACGCUCCUGCAGCAGGAAAUGUUUCAAAGAUGCCAUCCAGUUCAUUUCCUCAACUCCCGAAUACAAGGAGUCAGGGACAAAGCAUCGACCCAAAACAAAAACGUGUCUCAGCACAUCCCGCCAGCAGAGGGCAGCAGUCUACCUGUAAAUGAGGAGACGCCAUCUGACAGCUACCUUCAGCAGCUGCUCACAUAUGCUGACAGUGUUGCUAACUGGAUCUCUGCUGAAAUAGUCAUCUGUGACUCCCUCAAGACCCAAGUUGCUCUGCUGACCAAGUGUCUGUGGAUAGGAAAACACUGCUACGAAUCCAGGAACUUUGCCACAGCCAUGCAGGUCCUCGGAGGCCUGGAGAACGUGAUUGUCAGGCAAUUACCCGCUUGGAAACAUCUGUCUUCCAAGGUGUGUGAGAUCCUGGAGGAGCUACGAGCCGUGCAGGUGUUUCUGAAGAGUGACGACCUCUGUCUGAUGGGGGGGGAGCACACGAGGAGGAAGCCCACACUGCCUUCGGCGCACAUCCUCGCCAUGCACAUCCAGCAGCGGGAGAUCGGAGCCUUCACGCUCACUACUGGGGCUUACAAGUGGACCAAGCUCAGGAGCAUAGCAAAGGUCGUGAGUCAGGUCCAGGCCUUCCAAGAGGCCGUAUACUCCUACAGCCCAGACCGGGAUCUGCAGGCCUACCUUCAGCGCCGCAUCAUCCGGCUCUCCACCUCUGACAUCCACCUCUUGGCCGCAGACAACGAUGCCAACUUCCAGCAGUCAAGUGAGAGACAAACACGGAGGAUCCAGGACACGAUGAGGAGGGUUAAGGCCACUUUCCAAUGAACCCUGCACCAGUCACAUGUCACAGCCCAGAGCGAGACACCGCCAUCGGGUCAGCACCUCAUGUCCAAGCCCAGACUGAGGCUUAAUGCCUAAACCACAAUCCUCAGAUGUCUCCGUUGUCCUGGCAACAGAGCCUUGUGGAUUGGAAAACUUUUUCCGCAGUCAUAUGCUCACUAUCAGUCACAUGCCCCUUAACUUAAGUCAAGUAAUAUCAGUCUAAACUCCCAGGCAAAUCUUUUUGAGGACUCACACCCUGAAGAUUACACAAGUAGUUUUCCUAACAAAUCUUUUUGGUUUUGAUAUAAUCCUUCUUCUUUCACAAUGGUAAGUAUCAGGCAGUGUUUAUAAUUUGUAGUGAUUCUUUUUCAGCUCAUAUAUGGACUUUUUUUUGGUCAUUUUUUUGUGAAUUGACCCUGUGGUUUAGCUGUUAAGGCCUCAUACAUGGACUGAAGAUUGCAGCAAUGUAGACUGCAUGUCCAACAUCAAGGUUGGAUCAAGAACUUGGCAAAUUGAGCAACUGCACCGGGCCCAGAGACCCCAAGGGACCCCCAAAAGCAACAGGUGGACUGUGUAACAAUGUGGUAAGGAGGUCUACUGUAACUUUCUUUGGGGAUAUUUACCACCCAAGCGCAAUAUUAACUGACACGAUAAGGGUGUUUAGGUGGAAUUUUUCUUUUCUUUUUUCUUUUCAUGUCCUUCCGCCUGUCAGAAAACCUCCAGUCUGGCACAGAUUGAAAUAUGACAACAGCUGUUACAUGGAUUUCAAUAAAAUUUAGUAAAAUCUUUCUCAAUGUAAUGAAUUUAAUCAGUAUCUGACUGAGAAUUAUACCUUUUGUAUCAGAAUUGGCUUUUUAAUGUGAAUAGUCAACGAUUUGUUUUGUUUUCCAUAUAAAGUUUUUAAGUUUAACGUAUCUGUCGCAGCAAAACCGAACCAGUUCCAAAUCACUGACAAGACUUUUUUGGGAUUGUACUUCACUGUCAUUUAUGUUUGCUGUCAUGUUGCUUGUCAUGUUGAUUUUUCCGUAAAUCUAGAUUUGCAUUUUAAAAAAUUGUCCUAAACCAGAAAUUCAAAUUAACUGAUAAAAUUGAUUUAUCGCCCAGCCCUAACGUUAAGCAGUCCUGAAUGGCGCACUGGGUCACUGAGUGAAAUCCUGGCCAUCAUAGAGGGGUCAAGGCAGUAAAAUCAUUUGAUAAUUUGGAUAACGGUGCAUGCUUUCAAGCUGUCUUCUGGAUGACAUUUAUAGGACCAGAUCCACAAACAAU